ACUUCCUGCUCUAACAGCACUCCCUAUCAACCUAUCAGAUAACCGCGUCUGCCUGUGUGCUUAUCUCCUGCACGGCCCUUCAUUCGAGCUCAUAGAAGUACUCCAGUGUCCUGGAGGAGGGCUGAGAGAGAGCUGUGGAUGUAACGCGUAAACCAGGCUUUACGUGUACUGAACGGCUGAGUCAAUCCUUUGGAGCUGCUCGGGUUUUAAAAUAGCCACGGAGGCAGCACCGCCCUCUGCAGCUCCACGUCAGGCAGCGGCUCAGUCUGAAAAAUUCAAACACUGAGCUGUUCACAACACAGACACACACGCAUCUUGUUCCUGCUCCAAGGUCACCGCGCCGCCGGCCAUCCCGCACAGGACGCACGCCUCCGUUCCAUCCGAAGUGAAAGUCAGCGUCAAGGUGGGCCAGUGAUGCCGCCCCCAGCCACGGGUUCUGCCGCCGUGCCCCCACCAGACGGCGGUUGGGGUUGGGCUGUGAUCUUUGGAUGUUUCAUCUCCAUAGGCUUCUCGUACGCGUUCCCCAAAGCCAUCACAGUCUUCUUCAAGGAAAUCCAAGUCAUCUUUGGAGCCUCCUACAGUGAGAUCGCAUGGAUCUCCUCCAUCAUGCUCGCAGUCAUGUACGCUGCAGGUCCCGUCAGCAGUGUACUGGUGAACACAUAUGGCUGCAGACCCAUCGUCAUGAUGGGGGGCUGCCUCUGUUCCACUGGCAUGAUCUUAGCUUCCUUCUGCAACAGCGUGGUCCAGCUUUACAUCUGCAUAGGAGUAAUUGGAGGACUUGGCCUUGCUUUUAACCUGCAGCCAGCCCUGACUAUGAUAGGAAGAUAUUUCUUCAAGAAGCGUCCUAUUGCUAAUGGGCUGGCGAUGGCGGGCAGUCCAGUCUUCCUCAGCACUCUUGCUCCUCUCAACCAGUACCUCUUUAACUACUUUGGCUGGAGAGGAAGCUUCCUCAUCCUGGGCGGCCUGCUACUGAACUGCUGCGUGGCUGGAUCACUCAUGAGACCUUUAGGACCCCCACCUGGCAAGAUCAAGAAAGAAGAGGAGUUAGUUGCAAUGACCACUACAAAAGAAAAGCGGACUGCUUGGAAAACACUUAACAAGUACUUGGACUUGUCACUCUUUAAGCACCGUGGCUUCCUCAUUUACCUUUCAGGCAAUGUCAUCAUGUUUCUGGGCUUCUUUGCUCCUAUUGUCUUCCUUGCGGCCUACGCUAAGGACAUGGGUGUGGAUGAGUACUCGGCUGCCUUCCUGCUCUCAAUUCUUGCUUUUGUUGACAUGUUUGCAAGGCCCUCCAUGGGGUUACUUGCCAACUCACGCUGGGUUCGGCCAAGAAUCCAGUACUUCUUCAGCUUCGCUGUGCUGUACAAUGGGGUGUGCCACAUCCUCUGCCCACUAGUAGAAAGCUACACUGGUCUGGUGGUGUAUGCCUUGUUCUUCGGCUUCGCCUUUGGCAUGGUAAGCUCAGUGUUGUUUGAAACACUGAUGGACCUGGUUGGGGCUCAGAGAUUCUCCAGUGCUGUUGGACUCACCACCAUCGUGGAAUGUUGCCCCGUCCUCCUGGGUCCACCUCUUGCAGGAAAACUCGUUGAUGUCACAAAAAACUACAAGUACAUGUAUUUUUGCUGCGGAGCCGUGGUGAUUUUUGCAAGUAUCUGGCUCUUCAUUGGGAACUUCAUUAACUACAGACUCUUGGAACGCGAACGCAAGUGUGCAGAAAUGUACAAACGGACUGAGACAGAAGAUCCAGACCAGCUCAAAGAUCAAAAAGAGGCUGAAGCGCAGAUGUCAGAGGAGUUGGCUGACAAAAAUGAAAAAGGUGAGCAACCCAUGCAGCGGGAAACUAACAUCUAGAUCCUACUGCUCUGCCAACAGCUCACCUUCACCUCAGUGGCAAGCUCGCAUCUCCCUCCACUAUGAUCAAACUGAGCUCCAAGCCAAGAAGGGCCUCCGGGUGUUCCACAAGGCUCUAUUUGGGGUCCUCUGCACUUCUUUAAAAACCAACUGCCAAAGCAACAGCUAUGUUGUCCGAAGCUGUGAGGUGUUGUGUCUAUUAGUCAAAGAGUAUAAGCUUUGACUAUGACAGAAAAAUAUCAAGCAAAAGGAAAAGUGUAACAAUAUGUAUGCAUGUGAGGAGACUUUAAGUCAGAAAAUGUAACAGAGUGUAGUACUAACUGUGUUUUGUUUUUUGCCACGUUCACCUCAUAUCGGAUUAAGUGUAAAUACAAGACUGACGGACAAAAACAUUCAUGACACCUUGUGUCAAUCAAAGCCAGGAUGGAUUAUACAGCAGGAUGUAUGUACAAACUCCAAAUUUGUGUCAACAGCUAGCUUGCAUAGUAGCUAAUUCAGAACUGUUAGCAGAUUUGAAAAGUUCACAGCCAGAAAAUAAUUUCUACUUCAGAAAUGUGUUUUCUUUUCCAGUUGGUCAUGGUUGACCUGUGUUAACUCUGCUCCGAAAAUUCUGAAUAUUCCAAGUUGUAGCCAUUCCUUUCUUCCUACUGUCUUCCGAUAUGACGUGAAUGCAGCAUCAGUGUGUUGCCACUGUUCCAAUAGCACCAGCAACUAAAUCCAAACUGAAAUAUUUCUCAAAUAGAUAUGAAGAAGCAACGACAGGGUUUAUUUAUGAUCACAAAGAACUUUCUUGUGUUGAAAGGUCAUUAGUUUAAAAGCUGAUAACAGCCAGUGUCAAUAUUCACUGUACAUUCAUACCUCGAGUAACUUUAUGCAUUGUCUUUUUAGACAGAUUGUGAUUAGUUGGAGGCUCAGGUUGCACCAACUGAACAGCUGGAUCAAAUUCUACAAUCAGGCAGCAACUUCUGCAAGCAAUCUCAAAAAUUACUAUUAACCUUUAAGAAUGGAAUCAACUCCUAAUUCUAAUGCUAAUGCUUGUAAGAUCAUAUCAGCAGGGAACAAAGGGAGAGUUCAGACCUGUCUUAAUGGCAACAAUUAUCAAGCCUAAAAAGGUUGUCUUGUUUUCCCUGGUUGGUUAACUCUAUGGGAAACAAUAAUCCUGAUGACUUGUUGAUUGUGUUCCUCGCAGUGUGAAUGUAGAGUUCGCAAUCCCAUUGCACUGGAAAUAGUCCAUCCAUCUGGCGCCAACUGUGAAACAAGAACGCAAAAUCCUAAUUGCACUAUGUGUAAUAUGGCAAUUGGGUGUCCUCAAAUUCCCACUUCUUGAAAUACAGAACAGAUGUUCUCACAGCUGGUGACGCUGGUGCCCGUGUAUUAUGCUGCCCUCUUGAGCACUGUAAUGCUGUGUGGUAAAACCUGCACAAUGUCACACUUUAAUACUUUUGAUCAAGUCAUAAAAUGCUUCCUGUAGGUUGUCUAGUGUUCCAUAUACUCUGCACUAAAAAAGAAACUACCAUACAUCACCCCUAACAUCUCUCUAAAAUUGCUGCAAUCCAAUAAAUUUAAUUAUGGUUGAAUGUAAUUUCCUCUGUGGGCCUUAAUAAGGUAUUAAUGACCAAAACCAUCUGCAGAAUAGGGUUUUUUGUUCUGCACCUAGAGCCCAUGAGCAAUAUAACCUCUCAUUUUAUAACAGAUAUACAGGGAAAUAUAUUUCUUGAACCACUGGGACAGUCCAUCAAUGAUACAUUGCCUUAAAUGUAAUGUAAUGAAUGCUGGGGAGUUGUACAGUGAAUACUUGAUAGUAUUACAUGACGCUUAUAGACCGUAUUGUUAAAUGUGUGACAAACUUUUAAACUUGCAAGAAAUCAGUGCAAUCUGCUCCAUUUGUCUCCGAACAUGUCUGAAUGUGAAAAGAAACAAUGAAGCUAUGAGAUUAAGUAUUGUUGUAUAGUGUCACCAUUAACUAAUCCACUAACAACAUACUACUGAUGAUACUAAUCAUGGAAUGCUUCUCAAGUCUACCUGUAUUCACAGUCGUAUUGUGUGCUAACAAAUCUACUUGACUAACCUAUCAUUUAGCAAUUGAAAUGUUGCUGUGAAUAUCUGUAUUGUUCAAUAUUCUAUCCAUUCCAUGUGUGAGUUUUUGUAAAUGUCAUCCUGUCGUGCUGUUCGGUUUUCAUAACAAAAGCCUGAGGCUUUGGUCUCAUACUCCCACCACAUGGUGUCCUGUCUCAGAUGUUCUAACAAAGCCAAACGCAUUUCAAUAACAAAUGUAAUUUUUCAAAGCAAUCAUGAACAAAAAAACAAUGUCAUUGUUCCUGUUUUUGUGCUUUGAGUAGUCAAAUGUGUAUUCACAGUCAUGAAAAUGGAUGUCCAGCUGUGUAGCGGUGGCUCUCCGCCAUGUACUGUCCUCACCUAAGACUCAUUACAACCAAACACUACGUAAAUGUGAAAUGUUCUUCUGGUUUGUGAUGAAAUCCGAGGGAAACGGUGUUGUUGUGUUUGGCUGAAUGAAUUCUCAGGGUAUCAGAGGAGCGUUGUUGAGAAAUUCUGCAGUUUCACUUAUUGUAAAUAAGAUUUAAUUGAACGAUUUGCACACUUCUGUUGAUAGUUUAUAAAAGCACUUGAUCUUUUUCAGCUUGUUUGUCUGACCUCAACUUGGUCUAAAUCUCUCCACUUUGUGAUAAGGAAGGCUCAUUAUGACUGCAGCCACAGCAACUGUUAUCCUCAGUUCACUGCUUCACUAUCGAGGUAAAUUGUAGUUUGUUUGUUUGCAAAGCUAUUCAGAAUUAGCAUAGUCCACCAGCAUUUCAUGCCAACACAGAGUAUUUUUAUAUCACCAUGUCUGUACUUUCAUUACAGCUUUAGCUGUCGAACAACUUUAAUGAAACAGUACACUUAAACAGCAAAAAGAGUGAUGCUUUCACUGAUGUCACUAUGCUCAUGUACACAUUGACUCUGAAUGAGGGAAAUACACUGCUGUACAAUCACUUUCUGCCAAAUAACACUGCCCCCUACUGGUUAAAAACCACCAAGACCAAACGGCAAAGAAAGCCCAGCUUCCCUCUAGGCAAGAGAACACACUCACUUUUUCAUUUUUCUUUAUAAAUGACCAAACAUGGGUUCAGUUCCAUGGGUGAUGGAUUUUUUUAUAUUUUUAUGUUGAAGUAAAUAGAACAAAUCACAAUGUACAAUCAAAGGGUUAAGUGGAAUAUAAGGGAAUAUAAUUGAGUCAUCAUUUAACUUUUUUUUUUUUUUUUUUACAUUCUUUUAGACUUUUUUUUAGAUAUUGUUUGCCAGAAAUCAGUAUAAAAAGAAAGAAAAUGAAGCAGUUUUAUUUUCUCUUGGAAAUGAAACUUGGCUUUAAGCAUUUAGGCCCUAAAAGAAGUCAUAUAAUUCUUCUCAGGGGUCCAGAGAUAAUUAACAGGAUGGGAAAAUGUUAAAAUUAAGUUGUUCCAUGAAAUUGUGUAAUUCUCUACACUAUUCAAUCAUUGUAUUUAUUAUCAAGGGCCCCCCUAUCAUUUCAUUAUAGCAAAAUUGAACCAAUACAGGGUAUCAGGACCCCAAUGCAGACCCUAAAAGUCCUAACUUAGGUUCCACAUUUUAUGAAAUUCUACCUGUGAUGCAAGACCAUGAUGUUCAGAUUUAAGCAAUGCAUUUUUAUGUUCAGCAUUUUCUGUCCUUAUUGUUUAUUCUAUGAACAAAAGGAAAACACCUCUUUUGAUUAAAUCCUACUAAGAGAUAACUGACAGAAUAGGACAUGCACCAAUAGCCUUACCGAUCUUAUCACUUAGUAUUGUGUUGCUUUCUUCAUAUGUGUGGAAUUUGUGUAGACACAGAGGUUUAUUUUGAGGUUUUGCUUCUGACCAAAUUUGAACGAAAUGUUAAAUUGAAUAAGAAAUAUUUUCUCUGCUCUUGUUUUAUUUUUGUAAGCGCACAUAAAUGCUGUUUGAAAUAAGAUGUUUGAGUGUUCACUUUAGGAAAAGAGCAGGAUGAAUAUAGUUUUGUUUUUUUAAACUAUUGUGUAGAUUUUUUUUUUUUUUUCCUGAUUACGGCUUUAAAGUUUGAGAGAGUCUGGAAGACUUGCCUCGUAAUGCUCUGUUGGAUUGUAUGCUGGUUAGCUAAUGUUUUGGCUUUUAAAGGCACGCACUUAGCAGCUCACAUAGUGUGUAGCUGAUAGAUAUGACUGCUUAUUGUAUUUCAGAAGAUUCAUAGUUUGAACUGUGAGGCAGAAAUUGGGUGAGUUUAAAUUUGCAGGGUAGAGUCGAGAGAGAAGUUUUGUAGCUUUGGUGUGAAGAGUUAGGGGAUAAGUGUGUUAUCAUGGCCGGAUUAAAUUCCAGUAUGUAAUCUGAGUUUCUUUUUUUUUUUUGAUUGACUUGCCCUGGAUUUGUUUUUACUUUGUUGGAAAUCCAGUCUCUUUAUUUAUACCAGAUUUUUGGUUAUCAUUCAAAAUCCCAUCUUCAAAUCAGUGAUUUUACAUAAACAUGUACUCAAAUAUCUUCCAAUCAAGAACAAAUCUCGCAACUUCUUCAACAAACUUUCUUUUUAUGACUUUUUGGUAUUGAUUUGUUUAAAAAAAAUGUAUCAGCAUGUGUCGGUGUUGACUGUAUACAAGGUGGUUUGCUACUGGGAGGCUGAAGGACUCAGGCUGUUAUGCUUCCUGUGCCUUACUGUGCUAUAUUCACCAUAUGAAACAGGUUUUUGUGAACACUGUCAAAACCAUUAAUUUCUAUCUCCGCUGAUAUGCACCCUUGUUUACAUGUCAUUGUAAUCUCUCAUUUUAUGUUUUGUUGCUAAUCAUCAAAAAUUCAAUCCUGUUGUCUUAAUGAUAAAACCUUGUUUAGACAAACACACUGUUACACCGGUAUAGAGUCAAACUAUCCAUAAACGAUUUCAUCUUUGCUACAGAUUGUGUAAAUAGGACUUUGUACACAUAGUAAAGGAUGCAAAUAUUUCUAUUUUGAGGACAGUUGUGUUCACAUGUUUUGACUUAGUGCUGUUCUGUGAACUCAGUCCGUUACGUCCUUCCAGUAGCAGACGCGCUGUGUGCUUUCUCAUCAGGGCAAAUCUGUUCUGUAUUCUGGCAUUAUUUUUCAGCGUGUCAAUCCUUCCACUACCUCUGCAGCUGUCGUGUCAGAGUGAGGAAAAGUACCACACGGGUAUCGAAACCUAAGUUAUGUUUUUGUAAUUCUAAUAGAAUGUUAUCAUCUAUCACAGUAGUGAAAUAAAUAAAGUAUAUAUCCACCA